AAAGAAAGAAAGAAUCAAGAUAUUUUGCUUUUAUUCUAUCUUCUUUGUGCCCUGGAUGACAGAUCUGAAAUCUCAAAUGAACUAAUGUGUUUGAUAAUCGUGUUUGUUUCUCUAAUUUAUUUGUGACAGGAGUAAGCCAAGAAGAUGAUUAAUUGCUCUGCAAGAAAAAAAAAAUAUUUCUGCAGCGUUAAUGUUCAAAGCCUGCCAUUCUCUGUGUAGUGUGAAUCUUUACUUCCUAGUAUACAUUUUAAAGAGGAGGGAGGAGGAAAAGAAGGAUUGAUUGAUUGUUAAGUGGAUGUUUAAUUAACACCUUUAGUACUUUGUGUUUGUAAAUAUGCAUAUAGGAACCAGAUAAAGUAUAAUGUGUGAAUGUUACUGACAUCAUGACAAGUGUUAGACAGAGAAGAGGAAUAAAAAGUACCAAUGUUCCACAAGAUUGUCUGUCACAGGAGAAAAACUGGAAACUUAACGAGAAGAGCGUAGCUGGUGCAAAACAAUGGAAGAAGGUUUCACUUGUCAUUGGUGGAAUUGUGGGCCUUUUCUUGGGAAUACUCACAUCUGUUUACAUCUCCACGCUCCAUGAAAAUGAUCUGUGGUUUUCAAAUAUCAAGGAAGUAGAACGGGAAAUUUCUUUCAGAACAGAAUGCGGUUUGUACUACUCUUAUUACAAACAGAUGCUGGCGGCUCCAUCAAUUCAACAAGGUUUACACAGCUUGAUCUAUGACAAUAAAACUGAAUCAAUGAGAACAAUUAAUAUACUUGAAAGGAUGAAUGUUUAUCAAGAAGUAUUUCUCAGCAUGCUAUAUACAGUGCUUCAUUUGAAAAGAUUUUUAGAACCUGUUUAUUUUUACAUCUAUACACUGUUCAGCCUUCAAGCUGUGUGUGUUCUUGCCUUAUAUGCAACUAGCUGGCUUCUUAGCGGAACAUGGCUUUCGGGUGUAUUAGCUGCUGUCUGGUAUAUCGUCAACAGAGUAGAUACCACCCGGGUGGAAUUCACCAUCCCGCUAAGAGAAAACUGGGCACUGCCAUUCUUUGCCGUCCAGCUCGCUGCAAUUACGGUCCUUUUCAGACCACAUUUGCGAUCUGCUCACGAAAGGUUGACACUUCUAGCCGUGUUUAUUGCAACCUUCCUCUUAAGUUUGACUUGGCAAUUUAAUCAGUUCAUUCUGUUGAUCCAAGCAAUGGCUUUGUUCACCCUCGACUGCCUUGACAUGAUUCCUGAAGGAAAAGUUGUAUGGCUCUAUAUCAUACAGGUGGCCAGUCUGCUGAUGGUUUACACCUUACAGUUCUUUAAUUCCAUGAUAAUUGGAUCAUUGCUUGUAAGCUUUAAUAUGUCAGCCUUGUUAGCGAGGAAACUUCAGAAUAACUUGAAAACCGGCGGCUUGUUAAGCAGAAUUGGGAAACUUCUCCUCCAUGUGCUUUUAGUGCUGUGCUUGACAUUCCUUGUAAAUAAUUUUAUUAAGAGAAUUUUAAAUCUGGAAUCGGAUGAGCACAUCUUCAAAUUUCUGAAAGCAAAAUUCGGAUUCGGAGCAACAAGAGAUUUUGAUGCUAACCUGUACUUGUGUGAAGAAGCUUUCGGUCUUUUGCCUUUUAAUACUUUCGCAAGACUUUCAGAUACACUAGUUUUUUACGCUUACUUAUUUGUCCUGUUGAUCACGGCCACAACAGCUGCUGUUGUCUCUUUUCAAAACCUCAGUGGUCGUGCCAGCAUCAAAUCUGUGGAAAAACAACCCACAUCUACCACCGUGUUCAAACCUGCCGUGGCUUACCACUUGAUGCACACCAUUUCCUUCGGGCUCCUGGCCAUAAGCACCAUGAGGAUGAAAUAUCUCUGGACUUCUCAUGUCUGUAUGUUUGCAGCUUCUGGCCUGUGCAGUGGUGACAUCUGGGGACUGGUUCUGAAAUGCAUUCAUCAUUACACACCCAAACGGGUGUCUGUGAUUAGAUAUAUAACACCAGUCCUCAUACUGCUCUACCUUUGUUAUAAGUUCCUGCCUGGAAUAAUGGCAGAGCUGUCAGAGCUGAGAGAAUUCUACGACCCGGACACAGUGGAGCUGAUGAACUGGAUUAAGUCCAACACUCCAAAGGAAGCAGUGAUUGCAGGAAGUAUGCAGCUCUUAGCCGGGGUUAAGCUUUGCACUGGAAGAAUUUUAACCAAUCACCCCCAUUAUGAAGACAAGAGUCUGCGAGAAAGAACAAAGCAGGUUUAUCAGGUGUAUGCCAAAAGGUCACCCGAAGAUGUUCAUAGGAUCCUCAGAUCUUUUGGCACGGACUUUGUGAUCUUGGAGGACAGCAUUUGUUACGAAAGAAGGCAUAGCAGGGGUUGUCGGUUGCGUGACCUUCUGGAUAUUGCCAAUGGCCACAUGAUGGAUGGUCCAGGAGAAGAUGAUCCUGAUCUCAAACCUUCACCGUUCCCUCGAUUCUGUGAGGAAAUCAAAAGAAAUCUGCCCUCAUACACGAUGUAUUUUACUAAAGUCUUUCACAACAAAACAUUCCAUGUUUACAAACUGGCUCGACAUCAAAACACCACAUAGCUUUUGCUACAGCCAGUCGCAGAAAGCGCUAGUUUAUAAAAGUGGCUUUUUUUAAAAAAAGGGAAAUUGUUUUCAAUUGGUUGAAAGUGUUUACUUUUUAAUUACUCUGACAAUGCAAGAACGUUCCCUUUUGUAACAUUUUUACAUGUCCCAUAAUCUAUGUAAGUUAUCAAAAACUAGUUGACAGAGGCCGCUGAUAUAUAUAGAACAGAGAUCAUGAAAGGCAAAUAUUUCAUAAAUUCUACCCCAAUAUUCUAUGAUUUUAAAAAAAGAUCUAAAGAUGGGGAAGUGUCUUUUAUGGCAAUACCACCCCCUACUCAUCUACAUCCCAUGCAUUAAGGGCCUCUGUGAGUCUUCCCAUUUAGUCUUUAGGGAAUUCUGUUACAGCUUGAUGUACUCGUGAGCCUUAUAAGUUGGAAGUCUUUUCGACCUUUUACAAUUCCCUAUCCUUGUUAAGGACUGAGAAUAGGAAUGGACUAUUUAGAGCAGUGUUUCUCAACCUUGGCAAAUUUUAAAAUAUGUAGACUUCAACUCCCAGAAUUCUCCUGGCUGCCUGGGGAAUUCUGGGAGUUGAAGUCCACAUGUCUUAAAGUUGACACGGUUGGGAAAGACUAUUAUAGAAGGAAAUUCAGUUCUCAACUCUCGGUUCCUUGGUCUUCAGUAUCAGCUGUAGUAGAUGGAUCCAUUUUCUUCAAAGCUUUAGCAGGGGAAGCGUUAUUAACAAUUAAACACUCAAUCCAGCAAAAAAUUUCAGGAACACCCAAGUGCUUGUGGUCACUGCACUCCUACCCAUUUUCAGUGUCUGUGGUUCUUCAAACCAUUAUUACUAGCAGGACUUUUUACACCGUAUGUCAAGUCUAUGAGUAGCAAUUUGCUUUCUUUCCUUUCAUGCUUAAUUGUUGAUUUGUCUAGGCAUAGAAUGUUGUAAUUGAGAUUUAAUAGAGUGCAGUAAAAUACAAUGACCUAUAUUUCGAGGAGUUCAAGAAACUUCACAUGAAAAUGCUCUGAUAUAAAACCAUGUUCAGUUUCUGUAUUCUGCUUCCACCUCAUUUUGAGUGUGUAACGUCCUAAGGAGGAUAAAGAAUACUAUAAAGAAUUAUCCUAAAAAAGCCACAUACUUGGUUUUUAAUGGAAAAUAUGAUUUUGUGGUUCCAAAGACUCAUCCAUACACCACUCAGCACAAACCCUUUGUGAAUCAUUGAUGUACGAGAAGGUCUUAUUUGGGCACCUUUUGAAGUUUAAUGAAGACAUCUAUCUUGGGUCCUUGGUGGUCUCUGAGUUUAGUUGCUUUCCUGCAGAUAUUUCAUUACCCAACUAAGUAACGUCAUCAGUGCUUACGGGAGUGGGAUUUGCUAUCUGUUUAUGUACAAGUAGCUUGUCCUGUCAGUAUUGGUAGAGUAUUCUUGGUGUUUCCUUGAUUAAGCUAUUGUUUACUGUUAGAUUGUCUGAGCUGGUAGUUCCUUGGCUGGGAUAUUGUUCCUUAGUUGGGUAAUGAAAUGUCUACAAGAAAAUAAGCAAGAAUACAGCAAGGACCCCACAGUGCAACCGUGACCUGUAAAUAUUUUCUAUUUUACCAUCAAUUUUGUAGUGCCUUAUUUUUAAGAAAGUCGUUGGAAUUAUCGCUAAUUUGAACAUUGCAUACGGAACUGAAGAAAAGAGUUUGCUUGAUGCAGAACUUCUCCAGGUUUUGAGUAGCCGCCCAUCCGUUGUGGGCACAACCUCUCUUAGGAUGUCCUCUUAAGCAAACCCUAUUGAAAUGGAUGG